AUGAGUUAUGAAUUCUAUCACAGCGCUAAAAGCUUGAAGUUCUAUCACAAUGAGUUAACGCCUCGGCUUCUCGACGCUAUUAAUUCCUUUGUUGGACUCCCAGAAGGGAUACUCAAGCAACUUCACAAGGAGUCAAGCGAGGUCGCCCAUUUUCUCUUCUACCACCACCAGUGGUACAAGGACAUAAGGAGAAAGCGAGCCGCGUAUGCUGGCCAUACUGACAUUGGAACGAUUACCUACCUGUAUGCAAACCCAGUGGCCAGCCUGCAGGUGUACAGUUCUCAAGGCUGGGAGUAUGUGGCCUACAUUCCCAACUCGAUCGUCAUUAAUAUGGGAGAUGCCAUGGAAUUUAUUACAAAGGGGCAAAUCAAUGCAACACUCCAUCGAGUUAUCAAGCCGUUACCCACCCAGGACAAUGAUGUAAGAACUGCACUGAUUUACUUUGUACACCCGAAUCAUUCUUGCAUGGUUCAAUCUGUGCGGCAUUAUCAGGAGCUCAGGGCGAGGUACACAUCUUUAACCAGAGAGUCUCCUGGAGCCUUAAUCAAUGGUGCUGGAUUGAAUCGAGUCAUAUCUGCGUUGUCAUCUACGAGAGAGGACAUUUACUUUGUACCGAUUAACUCGCAGGCAUGGGAGUUGUCUAAAAGAGUUUGGUUGUGUUGGAAUAACAAUAUCACAUGA